AUCAAUUAUCAUAUCACAUGCUAAGUACGAUCCUGUCAAUUCAUUCAAUAACAAAAUCAACCAAUCAUGUGUUCCUCCAUUCAAAUCCAAAGAAUACAAGAAAACCCUAAAUCCACCGUGAACCACCACACCACCACCACCGUACGGAGGGUUCCACCGUCAGUUUACCUACCAGAACACAUCCACCACCACCACAUCCAUACAAUGACUCUCAACCAGUGUUCGUCGACAAUAGUCCAGACGAUCUCUGCUCCAGUAGAGACAGUCUGGUCUGUGGUUCGUCGCUUUGACGAACCACAUGCAUACAAGCACUUUCUCAAGAGCUGUGACGUCAUCGUCGGUGACGGUGACGUGGGUUCUGUGAGGGAGGUUCGGGUGGUAUCCGGGUUACCCGCGGGUUCCAGCUUGGAGAGGCUUGAGAUCUGUGAUGACGAACGGCAUGUUAUGAGCUUUAGCGUUGUUGGUGGGGACCACCGGCUGAAGAACUACCGGUCGGUUACGACGCUUCACUCUUCGCCGACAUGCCGCGUCACCACCGUAGUUGUGGAGUCUUAUGUUGUGGACGUGCCACCGGAGAAUACUAAGGAGGAAACGUGUGUGUUCGUGGAGACAAUCGUACGAUGUAACUUGAUGUCCCUUAAACAUAUUGCUCAAAGUUUAGCCCAGAAAUAAAACCAGUUUUAGUUUUUGUUGGUUAAAUCUUUAAGUAGAGUUAUUCUUAUAAUUUCUUUUUCAUGGGAUUUUUAUCACGUUGUUAUUUCAUGGUGUAAUAUUGUAAAAUAUUUUAGAUUACUCUCAUUAAAAUCCGGUUUUUUAUA